AUGACACUGCUCCGUGUCCAGCUUUCCCUUCACAGCUGGGUCGAGCAAUCCUGCCAGGAUGCGCGGGGCGCCGCUGACCAGCUAUACCAGGCCAUCAUCGGCUCCGACGUAGCCCUGAGCAUCUACGAGCUCCACGGCACAGCUGCGGUGACGGCCUUGACUGAGCUCGCAGGCUUGGGUGGCGCUUUCCAUGUCGGAGUUCAGGUCUACUGGCUGGAGUGGAGCUUUGGCUGGUGCGCAGAGGGCUCCGGCGUUCAGGCCCUUCGUUUCGGCAAGAGUGACCUCGGUCGCUUCCGUCAGCGCCUACCACUGGGCAGGACUCCCUUCUCGCCCGACCAGGUGCUUGAUGUCCUUCGAGAGCUGCGACGGCAGUGGGAAGGAAAGGAGUACGACCUCCUGCGACGCAACUGUGCGCACUUCUGCAUCGAGUUUGUCAAGCGGCUUCACGUUCAGGAGGCCCCAGACUGGGUCAACGCGUUGGCCGUCACGGGCGGGCAGGUGGCGGAGUGGCUCGGGGUCUUCCGGCCGGCGCUCCUGCGGAGCGAAGAGGACUCCCCUGCUGUGGUCACCGCGCGGCCUGAGGAGCCCGAGUCCUCCUCGGAGCUGAAGGAGUGGCGAUGGGCAAAGCAGUACAUCUCCCGCCGGAGCUCCGAAGCCAGGCGCAUCCGCCAGCGCUUCGCCCUCUCCGCUGGGGCCGCCCUCCGCCGUCCGCGCCGCGGGCGCACAGGGGCGCAGGGAGAGGAAGAGGCGCCACUUCCUCGAAGCCACGGAGAGAGAGGUGCAGAGGAAAGACAAAAGCAAGUUGCCGGCCCGCCACAACCGUGCUUUGGGUUGAGGGUUGAGGGUUUAGUAUGGGGGUCGGAAUAA